CCAGCGCCGCGGCUGCCGGGCUUGUGGGUUUCUCAGAGGAGCGCGAGCUGGAGCCCGAGCAGCGGCCGGAGCGGCGGCCUGAGAGUUAGCGGGCCGGCCUGCGCGUUCCGCAGGAGAAAGCCGACGCCAGGCGGACAGAAGCUGGGCCGGGCGCGCCCCUCAGGCUGAGGGAGCCGGCGCUUUGAGCCCCUGAGGCGACGGCGGCGGGAGCCGGUCAGAGGGGGCGGCCCCUGGCGGCGACGCCCCCGAGCCCAGCCCUGCCUGGCCGCGCUCCAUCCUCAGCCCGAGCCCGGGCCGCUCGCGAACGCGCCCGAGGGGGCUGAGCAGGGCUGAGUGGGGGCGGGAGGUGAGCCCGCGCUCCCCGGUGCUCCGCGUCCGCUCCGGACCCGCACCUGAGCCGGGACCCACCUCCGCUCCGGACCACGCUGGACCCGCCUCCCGGCCCGGGUCCCACCCUCGGCUUGCAGGUGGGCUGCGGCGCCCGGCCCUCGGGCGGUGGGCGGCGGGGAAGGAGGUGAGCGGCGUCCUCGCCCGCAGCCGUUCGGGUGCCGGUGGCCGCGCCGUCGUCCCUUUCCCGCAGCCGGGGAGCCCGCCCCGCCGCCGCCGCCUGCUCCCUCUGGGACACCAUGGAGCUCUCUCCGUCGUCCGGAGGAGCCGCGGAGGCGCUGUCGUGGCCGGAGAUGUUCUCGGGGCUGGAGUCCGACUCGCCGCUGCCCCCGGAGGAUCUGGAGGCGGUCGUCCCAGUCAGCGGAGCAGUGGCCGGUGGCAUGCUGGAUCGGAUCCUUCUGGAGUCAGUGUGCCAGCAGCAGAGCUGGGUCCGGGUGUUCGAUGUAAAAGGCCCACCAACCCACCGUCUGUCUUGUGGUCAGUCACCCUACACUGAGACAACAUCAUGGGAGAGGAAGUACUGCAUCCUCACAGACAGCCAGUUGGUGUUGCUCAACAAGGAGAAGGAGAUACCAGUGGAAGGACAGGAUCAACAGACAGAUUCCACCAAAGGGCGAUGCCUGAGGAGAACUGUCAGUGUUCCUUCAGAGGGUCAGUUUCCGGAGUACCCACAAGAGGGCACCACGAAACUAGAGGUGCCAGCAGAAAGGUCCCCCCGCAGGCGGAGCAUCUCAGGGACCAGCACAUCAGAGAAACCCAACUCCAUGGACACUGCAAAUACCUCUCCUUUUAAAGUACCAGGAUUCUUCAGCAAGCGCCUGAAAGGUUCCAUCAAGAGGACCAAAAGCCAGUCGAAGCUUGACAGAAACACAAGCUUUCGACUUCCAUCCCUUCGCAAUGCAGAUGACAGAUCUCGAGGUCUGCCUAAACUGAAAGAGUCCCGUUCCCAUGAGUCCCUGCUAAGCCCAUGCAGUGCAGUGGAGUGUCUGGAUCUUGGUAGAGGGGAGCCAGUCUCAGUGAAGCCACUUCACAGUAGCAUCCUUGGACAAGACUUCUGCUUUGAGGUCACCUACUUAAGUGGAAGUAAAUGCUUUAGCUGUAACUCUGCCUCAGAGAGAGAUAAGUGGAUGGAAAACCUUCGAAGGACAGUUCAGCCAAAUAAGGACAACUGUAGACGAGCUGAAAAUGUUCUUCGUUUAUGGAUCAUCGAAGCCAAGGACCUUGCCCCUAAAAAAAAGUAUUUCUGCGAACUGUGCCUUGAUGAUACCCUCUUUGCUCGUACAACCAGCAAGACCAAAGCAGAUAAUAUUUUUUGGGGUGAACAUUUUGAAUUCUAUAGCCUUCCACCUCUUCAUAGCAUCACAGUUCAUAUUUAUAAGGAUGUGGAAAAAAAGAAAAAAAAGGACAAGAAUAAUUAUGUAGGGCUAGUCAACAUCCCCACUGCCAGUGUGACUGGUCGCCAGUUUGUAGAAAAGUGGUACCCAGUGAGUACACCCACACCUAACAAAGGAAAGACAGGAGGACCUUCGAUUCGGAUUAAGUCACGCUUCCAGACUAUCACCAUUCUGCCUAUGGAGCAAUACAAAGAGUUUGCAGAAUUCAUCACCAGCAACUACACCAUGCUGUGUUCUGUUCUUGAGCCAGUAAUUAGUGUGAGGAAUAAAGAGGAGUUGGCUUGUGCCUUAGUACACAUUCUUCAAAGUACUGGCAGAGCCAAGGAUUUUCUGACUGACUUGGUGAUGUCAGAAGUAGACCGUUGUGGAGAGCAUGAUGUCUUGAUCUUCAGAGAAAACACCAUUGCCACUAAAUCCAUUGAGGAAUACCUCAAGUUGGUGGGACAACAGUACCUUCAUGACGCACUUGGAGAGUUCAUCAAAGCCUUAUAUGAAUCAGACGAGAACUGUGAAGUAGAUCCCAGCAAGUGUUCAUCUAGUGAACUAAUAGACCAUCAGAGCAACCUGAAAAUGUGCUGUGAGUUGGCUUUCUGCAAGAUCAUCAACUCAUACUGUGUCUUCCCUCGUGAGUUGAAAGAAGUGUUUGCAUCAUGGAAGCAGCAGUGCCUGAACCGAGGCAAGCAAGACAUCAGUGAGCGGCUCAUCAGUGCCUCAUUGUUUCUCCGUUUUCUUUGCCCAGCCAUUAUGUCUCCCAGUCUUUUCAACCUGAUGCAGGAGUAUCCUGAUGAUCGAACAUCUCGGACACUAACUCUUAUUGCCAAGGUCAUUCAGAACCUGGCCAACUUUGCCAAGUUUGGUAACAAAGAGGAGUACAUGGCAUUCAUGAAUGAUUUUUUAGAGCACGAAUGGGGUGGAAUGAAGCGGUUCCUUUUGGAGAUCUCUAAUCCUGACACCAUCUCAAACACCCCAGGCUUCGAUGGUUACAUUGAUUUGGGCAGAGAACUGUCAGUCUUGCAUUCCUUACUGUGGGAAGUAGUUUCCCAACUUGAUAAGGGUGAAAAUUCCUUCCUACAGGCAACUGUGGCAAAAUUGGGACCUCUCCCUCGUGUUCUUGCUGAUAUUACCAAGUCUCUGACUAACCCUACGCCAAUACAGCAGCAGCUAAGACGUUUCGCUGAACACAGCUCCAGUCCAAAUGUCAGUGGAAGCCUCUCCUCUGGGCUACAGAAAAUAUUUGAAGACCCCACUGACAGUGAUUUGCAUAAACUAAAGUCACCAAGCCAGGAUAACACAGACAGCUAUUUCAGAGGAAAGACAUUAUUGUUGGUUCAGCAAGCCUCCUCCCAGAGCAUGACGUACUCUGAAAAGGAUGAGAAGGAAAACAGCCUUCCUAAUGGUCGGAGCAUCUCCCUCAUGGACCUCCAGGAUACUCACGCUGCUCAGGUGGAGCAUGCAUCUGUCAUGCUUGAUGUGCCUCUACGCCUCGCAGGAAGCCAGCUGUCUAUAACCCAGGUAGCUAGCAUCAAGCAACUUCGGGAAACCCAGAGCACUCCCCAGAGUGCACCUCAAGUGAGAAGACCCCUGCACCCAGCCUUGAACCAGCCAGGAAGUCUCCAGCCCUUGUCAUUCCAGAAUCCUGUCUAUCACCUCAACAAUCCAGUUCCAGCAAUGCCAAAGGCCUCUGCAGAUUCCAGUUUGGAGAACCUAAGCACUGCCAGUUCUAGAAGCCAAAGUAAUAGUGAAGACUUCAAACUCAGUGGACCCAGCAACAGCAGCAUGGAAGAUUUCACCAAAAGAAGCUCACACAGUGAAGACUUCUCCAGGCGACACACUGUACCAGACAGACACAUACCUCUUGCUCUGCCACGACAAAAUAGUACUGGGCAGUCCCAAAUCCGAAAACUGGACCAGUCUGGGUUAGGUGCCCGAGCCAAAGCACCCCCAUCUCUGCCACACAGUGCUUCCUUGCGUAGCACAGGGAGCAUGUCAGUGGCAUCUGCAGCCCUGGUGGCUGAACCUGUGCAGAAUGGGAGCCGGUCCAGGCAGCAGUCCUCUUCCUCCAGAGAGAGCCCUGUUCCCAAAGUGAGAGCAAUCCAGAGACAACAGACACAGCAGGUUCAAUCACCUGUGGACUCUGCCACAAUGUCCCCAGUAGAAAGGACAGCAGCCUGGGUUCUGAACAAUGGACAAUAUGAAGAGGAUGUGGAAGAAACUGAACAAAAUCAAGAUGAAGCCAAGCAUGCUGAAAAGUAUGAACAAGAAAUUAGCAAACUGAAGGAGCGCCUGCGAGUGUCCAGCCGGCGGCUGGAGGAGUAUGAGCGCCGGCUGCUGGUGCAGGAGCAGCAGAUGCAGAAGCUGCUGCUGGAGUACAGGGCCCGGCUGGAGGACAGUGAGGAGCGGCUGCGCAGGCAGCAGGAGGAGAAGGACAGCCAGAUGAAAAGCAUCAUCAGCAGGCUAAUGGCUGUGGAAGAGGAAUUAAAGAAGGACCAUGCUGAGAUGCAAGCAGUUAUUGAUGCAAAGCAGAAAAUAAUUGAUGCACAGGAAAAGCGGAUUGUGUCCCUGGACUCCACCAACACGAGACUGAUGAGUGCGCUGACGCAGGUGAAGGAGCGGUACAGCAUGCAGGUCCGCAAUGGCAUCUCUCCCACCAACCCCACCAAGCUUUCCAUCACGGAGAAUGGUGAAUUCAAAAACAGCAGCUGCUGAUGACCUUGAUGACACAGCCUGUAGGAGGAGGCAGAAGGAAGUUGCCCAGCUCUCCUACCCCAGCCCUUUAACCCUCCAGGUUUACAGAAUGUUGCUUCAAAUGGCAGUGUGGUGAGAAACUCUUAAAUGAAGAAAGGAACCUUGUCUUUCAGGGCGUAAAGCAAAGACUUCAAGUUCAAUGCUUUUCCCCAGUGUCUCUAUGUACAUAGGGAACUUAGUUCUGGGCCAUGUACAGAAAUACCACUGUAAUAUACCAAAAGGAAGUUAAUAAUGUAGAUUACCUUUUUAAUUAUUACUAUUUUAUUAUUGUUUUUCUCUUAUUGAAAGCACUGCAGUUGUUAGUGGAGGAAAAGUAGGAGCCAAGUGUGAGUGAGAAAUGAGCCUAUUGGUUCAGUAGGUAGAGUCUGUGUAUUGGAUAGGAGCACAUGGAGUGUGAUAGGACCUUGUCAGAAUGAAUUUUUUUCAGGGAUUCAUCUGCCAGUUUAAAAGCCCCACCCUAGUCCUUACAUUAGGAAAACAUGCAAAUACCAAGAUCCAUACAAAACGGUAAUUUAUGCCACUGAUCAACCAAGAUGCUUCUACCAGACUGUAACCUGCUUUGGAAAGCUGCCAUUUCAGAGGACACAGAUAAACGUGGAUGACUGUACUAAAACUAGAGUAGGAAUGAUUUCUCUUGAACCUGUCAAUGUUUAUUCCUCCAUCUAUAACGGACAUUUUCUGUUUUAGAUGUGGAACUUCUUGAUUUUACUCCAACUUUUUUUUAACUGCUCUUUAGAGUUGCCAGAACUAUAAAUACCAUGUCUCUAUCUACUGUCUCCAUGUUCACUCGUCCACUGCCCUUCCUCCCCCAUGCUGGGAGCGGUCAGCACCAACAGGACUUACUCUCUCUCCCCUGGAAAGUGGCCAUUCCAGUACACCGCACAUAAGCCAUCUGACUAAACACCCUUUCUUCCACACAGAAAAGGGCUAACUAUACAACAGAGCAGGAAUCUCUGAAUAUCCCACUAAAAGUUUUCUUCUUCCUCUUUGUCAGUUGUAUUUUUCCUUAGAAUAAAGGUUUUAUCCACUAUAUUAGCAAAUCUGUGGGCAGGGUAAUUCUGUCACCAAUUUUAACAUUUUAAUUGCUUCCUCUUUCUAUUAAUCCUCUCCGUAAAAUUUGGGAAGUUACCUAAAACUGAAAUAUAUCCCUUACAAAUGAUGAUUAAUCUUGCUAGAGAAAACCAAAGUGUGAGGAAGGCACGUUCUCAUUGGUACUCUACACUCAUGGUGGACUCAGCAACAGUGGUGGAAUCGGCUUAUCAUUAAUGACUUUAGUAGAGGACAGAAAAUCCGUGUCUCUCUCCAGAGUGUGACAUGUCAUCUGGAAUGCAGGCUUGAUUCCCAGAGAUAUGGAAAGUUAGCUGCAGGUUAAGCAAAUAUUAUAUAUAUAUAUAAAUAUAUAUACAUAUAUUCACACAUAUGUACAUACAGUGUGUACAUCAGAAAUGUUCAUAUCUUUUGUGCUAUCAGAUAUACAGAGAUAAAUGUUUGAAAGGGUCUUGAAUCUCUUUAAGCAAGAUCUAUACCAUUUUACAAUGGAAAAAAACAGCAUUUCUCAAAUAAGUUAAUGUUUCAUUUUGUUUUUUAAGUUAUAAACUUUAAGAAUUUUUUUUUAAGUAAAGGACGAGGGGCAAGACAUAACGGAGCCAUAUGCAUGGAGUAUGUGUUUCUAUUUAACAGAAAACUUAAAGGAAAUGAGAACAUGUGUAGUUCCCUCCUAUUUGAAGCCCAGGCAUAAAUACCAAGGCCUCCUUCCCCUAGUCCCAGGCAUGCAUUCUGAGUCUCACUUGCUCCUCAAUUGACCUUUGGAUCUGACCUUGUACUUUAGCCUCCCACCAGAGCCCUCAGCCUACAACCUGUGAGAGGGUUUCUUCGUAACUCUUGAAAGCAGGAGCAUCACACAGUGCUUAGAACUUUAGGCUCCACACCCACUUGACCCUUCUCCUGAUCCUCAGCAGUUCUUUUACAUCUUAUCCCUUCCCUCCAAGCUGAAGUCACAGUGUGGUUAAAAUUACUUCUGAGAGAGAAGGUCAUUGGCUUUGCAGUAAUGCCCUGUAUUGAGUGAGGGGGAUGUAAACAUUGAUCUUUUCAUGUUUGUAGCCUAGCAGUGUUUCCUCCAUUCUUCAAAAUCCUUCAGCAUUGCCACACAAAACCUAGUCAAAUAUUAGUGUUGGUGGCCCAAAGUAUGUAAUGUGGAUUAUGUCUUGUUUUGAGGUAGGGAAGGUCUUCAAGUACAGGUUAUAAUUACAGAGAGCUGGUCAAACAAGUGUAUUGUUGAAUGCAGUUUAACUAUUAAUUCUUAGAGAGCCUGUCUGCAUUACAGGAUUGAAUGUCCAAAACAUUUGGACAUAUUACGAGGUCCUGUAAUGUUAACAUGAAUGAAGGGAAAAGUAAAAUAAUAACAGUCAUAAGAGAGUUUGGGGUCUUAAGUCAGUAUUGUUGCCAGAUAUUAAAUCUUAGAUUAGUCUUUGAGCCUACUCAUAUUUUUAGCCUGUCAGAAAUAUUCUGAGCUAGGAUAUAGCUCAGUUGGCAGAGUGCCAGCUUAGCAUACCAGAGGCCCUAGGUUCAACACCAGCAUGGCAUGAAUUGGGAUGGUGGCACACAGGCCUGCAGUCCUGGCACUUUAGGGAUCGAAGCUCCAGAUCACCCUUGGCCAACCUAAGCUACUUGAGACCCUGUCUCAAAAAAUGAUAACAAAAUCUUUUUUGAGUAUUUCUUUAGAGAAUGUUUCAAUCCUAAUAAAGUUUAUUUUGGAAUUUUUUUGGUAUAUGAGAGGACAGCAGCAGGCAUUUUAUAUGACAUUUCUUUACCCUAAAUAGAUAUCUUUAUCCUGAACAAAAAUCAUUAUGCUUUGCUAGGAGGAAAUGUGUGAUUUUUUUUUAAAAGUUGAUGGGUCUUCUGAUCCCCGUGAUUGUCAAUGUAUCAUCACAGUAUGGAGGGAGAUGAGAGCAGGCUUAGGUGGGAUUUGGGUUUGGCAUGCAGGUGAAAUGCUUGUGAAGCUUUGAUCCAAGUGAGGUGGACUUGGCCAUUCAUUACCAAGGUCAGUUUCACAGGACCAGGAAAGGGCUUCUUGUUUCCCCCCAUGUCACUUGAAGCAAGAUUUCAGAACAUAUUCCCAUGAAGCUAGCAUUACUUCAGUGUCUGUCCCCUCUGUGCUGCUUGGGUCUGGGACAGUCUUUCUCUGAAUGCAGAAUGAGGCCAGCCAUUAUGCGACUGUGGCUCUUCUUGCUUUUUCACUUAAUACCGUGGGUUCUCACUGCCUUCUUCUUUCCUCUGCUAUGGAGUUGGACAGUAAAGAAAGCAUGAGCAUUUCUAAGAUGAGGUGAACAUUGUGUGCACUGGGGCUGAGCAUGACUUCAUAAGCAGUCUGUACCCGUGGCUUUUAUAUGAGUUGGCGGUUCUCCAGAGCCCUGGCUCCCGCUGUGUCCGUCAGUACAGCCAGUCAGGAGCAGAGGGUUAUUUCAAGUUCCAGAGGACAGUGCCAUCAAGUGGGCUUGCAUUAGUGUUUGCUCUGCUUCUAUCCAGAUUUAGUUCUGGUUCCUCAGGCAUACCCUAGUCUCCUCAUCAAUAGACUGACGGAGCCCCAGGCUGGACCAUAGACUAGCCAUGUCACUGGCCAGUUUAGCAACUCUCCAGCCCAUCUCACAGCUUUACUCCAUUCUCAGCAACUUUGGGGGCUAUCUUCUGCGACAGAUUAGCAAGUUCAAGGGGCACUCUGCACUAUAGCCCUUGGCUUUUUCUAGUACUAACUUGAACUCUCCUGCUUGCCUCUGCAGUAAAAGUCACCUUCCUACCCCAUACCUGGCAUACCUUUUUAAAUUAUUAUUAUUAUUAUUAUUAUUAUUAUUAUUAUUAUUAUUAUUAAUUUAAAGGAUUUUUUGGGUUUGUUUUGGUUUGGUUUUUGGUUUUUGGUUUUUUUGGUGUUUUAUUUUUUGGGGUUUUUUUUGUUUUUUUUUUUUGUUUUUUUUUUGUUUGUUUGUUUGUUUGUUUUUUGAGACAGGAUUUCUGUUUAUAGCCCUGGCUGUUCUGAAACUGUUCUGUAGACCAGGCUGGCCUUGAACUCAAGAGUUCCACCUGCCUUUGCCUCCAGAGUCCUGGGAUUAAAUGUGUGUACUACCACUGCCUGGCCAUACAUGUUUCUUAAAACAAGUAAUGUUUAAGCCCAUUUUAAGUUUGAAUGAUUGUUGUCAGUUCUUCUAGAGCAUCUUCCUGUCACUGACCCAUCUAGGAAAGCACUUGACCUUUGAAAGGACAAGGGCAGGGAAAUAUGCAUGAGAGAGAAUAAAUUUCCUUCAGAAAGAUCCUGAGGAAAACACAUGAUCUAUUGACUUGUUGCUCAGAAGUUCAAAGAAACAAGUGGAGUGGCAUCCCCCUGGCUCCUCCUAGAGAUACACAUACACACACACAUACACACACACUAUAUGCAGCUCCUGAGACAACAUGUUACAUGCCUACAGAAAUACCACUUAGGGCAUCCCUUUAAAAAAAAUGUUAAUCUACUUUAUAAACUAGUAAUUCCCAGACUUUCUUGAGGCUUUGUUUUUGUUUUGUUGGUUUUUAGAUUUUAUAACAUUCUAUUCUCUUUGAAAUGUACUAUAUGUGGUAUAUGUAUAUAUAAGUUACAGUGACUUGGACUCUGUUUGGCAUAGGUUGAGAACUACUGUUGGUAGCAUAGAGUGUAUAGAGCAGCCGCUGACUGUCACCAUCUGAGAGCAGGAUACAGAAAGGAGUUUGGUUCCUCAGCAGUUAAUGCCCAGGUGCUUGAGCAACAGCCCAGCCAGCCUCUGUGAGUGCAGCAAGCCACCCAGGAGAGGACAAGAGAAUUUGAACCCAUUUCAGCACACAGUUUUAAUUUUGUACUCUUGUCAUUUUUGUAUCAAAUGCCCUCAUUAUUCCCUAAAGUCUUGGAACUAAAAACCAGACUGAACUGUUGGUGCAGUGACAUCUCCACAGCUGUGCUUUAGGGGGUUCUGUCCUCUUUGUGUGGUGCAAGUAUUUCAAAUAAAUAGCAUGGAUAUGUCAUUUCCAAACCCUCAAGAGAAAAUUAUCUGUUUCCAUUUUACUAACAGAUUAAAUGCUAGUUAACCCAAUGCCCACUGUCCUGCAGAAAAGCUACAGUAAGUAAUGAAGGGUGGGUUUGGCUGGUGCUUGGAUACUUCUUAGCUGUAUAGAUCAACUCAAGCAAACAGCAGCAUUAUUUACCUGGGUCACACCUGGGAGGAACUUCUCUUCCAAAUUUGGUUUUUGUUUUUCAUCUCCAGGGCCUUAAUAAGAGUGUGUUAAUACACAUGACUAUUUUACAGAUAAUUCAAAAUAAUUUAUUUUUUAUUUGAAGAAAACAAAUCCACCUUAAAAAAACAAACCCAAGAUUUUAUUUUAUUUUUAAAGCCAUAUUUUUGUGCUUUGUAGCACUUAGAUUGUUCCAUAUGUGAUCCAUAUCUGCAUUUCAUUACCUGGGUUCUAAAAAAGAUUUAUUUUUGUUCUGUGAAUAAUUUUUGACGGUUCUUGUAUAUGUACAGAUAUAGAUACGUUUGAGGUCUUUUAUUGAUAUUCCUACAAAAAAUACAAAUAAACUUUAACUUUAAACAUUUCA